UUUCCACUAUGUGACAGCGACGAGUCGGCGGCGGCGGCGGCGGCGGCGGGCUACGCUGGGGACGACGCGCUGCUCUCGGCAGCUGCGACAGCGGGCGCGGGGUCCGCGGACAGACGCGCGAGGCGACCAGGAAACAGGCGAAGACGCAGCUCCACGCUCCCUGCAGGGCCACCAUGAACGGAUUCUCGGGCUUUGCCCCCGGCCCCAGCAGCCCCACCCGGGACCCCGCGGAGCCCGCGCCCAGCCAGGCCCCGCUCCCGGAGGACGUGGACAUGAGUGGCGGCUCGAGCGGGACCGAGGCCAUGGAGAACAGCUCCACGGGACAGGACUCGCGGGGCAGCGACUGCGACGACAGCGGCAAGGAGCUGCAGAUGCUGGUGGGGCCGCCGGGCGCCCACGGGAGCCCGGAUGCCUUCAGCCUGAUGCUGAAGUCGGACCACCACCCGUCCACCAGCGGCUGCAGCAGUGAGCAGUCCGCCAAAGCCGACACACACAAGGAGCUGAUCCGCACGCUCAAGGAGCUGAAGGUGCACCUCCCCGCGGACAAGAAGGCCAAGGGGAAAGCCAGCACGCUGGCGACCCUGAAGUACGCCCUGCGGAGCGUGAAGCAGGUGAAAGCCAACGAGGAGUACUACCAGCUGCUCAUGUCCAGCGAGAAGCCUGCGUGCGGCGCGGACGUGCCCGCCUGCACCCUCGAGGACAUCCAGAGCGUCACCUCCGAGUUCAUCCUGAAGAAUGCGGACAUGUUUGCCGCGGCCGUGUCCCUGGUCACCGGGAAAGUCCUGUACGUCUCCGACCAGGUGGCCUCCAUCUUCCACUGCAAGAGGGACGCCUUCCGUGACGCCAAGUUCGUGGAGUUCUUGGCGCCCCACGACGUCAGCGUGUUCCACAGCUCCACCACGCCGUACAAGCUCCCACCCUGGAGCGUCUGCAGCGGGGCAGAUUCUUUCACUCAAGAAUGCAUGGAGGAGAAGUCUUUCUUCUGCCGCGUCAGCGUCGGGAGGAGCCCCGAGAGCGAGGUCCGCUACCACCCGUUCCGCAUGACGCCGUACCUGGUCCAGGUGCCGGAGCAGCGGGGCGCCGAGAGCCAGCUGUGCUGCGUGCUGCUGGCCGAGAGGGUGCACUCGGGCUACGAAGCCCCUAGAAUUCCCCCGGAAAAAAGGAUUUUCACGACCACACAUACACCCAAUUGUUUGUUCCAGGACGUGGACGAAAGGGCCGUCCCCCUCCUGGGCUACCUGCCCCAGGACCUGAUCGAGACCCCCGUGCUCCUGCAGCUGCACCCCAGCGACAGGCCCCUGAUGCUCACCAUCCACAAAAAGAUCGUGCAGGCCGGCGGGCAGCCGUUCGACUACUCGCCCCUCCGGUUCCGCGCCCGGAACGGGGAGUACGUCACGCUGGACAGCAGCUGGUCCAGCUUCAUCAACCCCUGGAGCCGGAAGAUCUCCUUCAUCAUCGGGCGGCACCGAGUCCGAGUGGGCCCCUUGAACGAGGACGUGUUCGCGCCGCCGAGUGCCGAGGAGCGCCCCCCACACGCGGGCGUCCAGGAGCUCACGGAGCAGAUCCACCGGCUGCUGCUGCAGCCGGUCCCCCACAGCGGCUCCAGCGGCUACGGCAGCCUGGGCAGCAACGCCCACGAGCACCUCAUGAGCCAGACCUCCUCCAGCGACAGCAACGGCCACGAGGAGGCGCGCCGGCGGAGAGCCGAAAUGCCCAAAAACGGUAGUAAGGUCAAAAUGAAAAGUCACUAUUCCGAUGAGUCCGGAGAACAGAAGGGAAAAUCUGCUACAGACGCACAGAGUGGAUCCCCCGCUCAGGUUGACAGCCUUCCGGACGCGGAGAAGGACAGCUCCGGCGCCAGCCCGGCCAAAGCCGCCUUUCCGGAGGAGCUGGCCUGCAAGAGCCAGCCGGCCGGCUCCUACCAGCAGAUCAGCUGCCUGGACAGCGUCAUCAGGUACCUGGAGAGCUGCAGCGAGGCCACCAACCUGAAGAGGAAGUGUGAGUCCCCGGGGAGCCUGCCCACACAGAAGGCCAGCGACAAGCGGAAGGCCAGAGGCAGCCCCGGGCCCCCUCCUGCAGAGGCGGCGGCGCCCCCCAGGGUGGACAGACACGCGGGCGUGGGCGCGCACCUGACGGCGCUGGCGCUGCCGGGGAAGGCGGAGAGCGUGGUGUCGCUCACCAGCCAGUGCAGCUACAGCAGCACCAUCGUGCACGUGGGCGACAAGAAGCCUCCGCUGGAGCUAGAGAUGGCGGAAGACCCUGUGAGCGGGCCCGAGUCCCUGGACUGCCUGGCGGGUGCCGCCCUACCCGGCAGCCUCGGCCCGGAGAAGGAGCCCUUCAGGAGGCUGGGCCUCACCAAGGAGGUGCUGGCUGCCCACACGCAGAAGGAGGAGCAGAACUUCCUGCUCAAGUUCAAGGAGACAAGGAAACUCAAUGUCCUCCAGUCCCGCUGCCAUCACUACUUGCAAGAAAGGUCCAGGGGGCAGGCGAGUGAGAGAGCCACUCCCGGGCCGAGAAACACGUCCGGAGCGGACUCGUCCUGGAAGAGAGCCGGGAAGAACAGGAAACUCAAGUCCAAGCGGGUCAAGCCCCGAGACUCCUCCGAGAGCACCGGCUCCGGGGGGCCCGCGCCGCACCGGCCCCCGCUGCUGGGCCUCAACACCACGGCCUGGUCGCCGUCCGACACGUCGCAGUCCAGCUGCCCCGCGGCGCCCUUCCCCAGCGCCGUGCCCGCCUACUCGCUGCCCGUGUUCCCGGCCCCCGGCAUCCUGCCGGCGCCCGGGGCGGCGGCGGCGGCGGCACCCGUGGAGGCCCACGCCAGCUUCGCGGUGCCCACCGUGCCGACGGACACUCACCACGAGUUUGCGGUCCAGCCCCCGCCCUUCGCCGCCCCCCUGGCCCCGGUCGUGGCCUUGGUGUUGCCCGGCUACCCCUUCCCCGCAGUGACCGCACACCUGCCGCCGGCCUUCCUCCCCGGCCAGGCGGUCCCCGCCUCGCAGCCCGAGCUCCCCGGGCGGACCUCGCCCCACAGACAGCCCUGCCCUUGUCCUCGGGCAGAGCGUGGGCCACCCGUGUCCCGCGUGGCCACCCCCGCUACCCCACCGUCGGCCACCGGGCCCUCCGGCCGGGCCUCCCCGCCGCUCUUCCAGUCCCGAGGCAGCUCGCCCCUGCAGCUCAACCUGCUGCAGCUGGAGGAGGCGCCCGAGGGCAGUGCUGGGGCUGCAGGGGCCGCGGGGCCGGACUGCAGACCUGGCGCGUCCUGGGACUGGCCGCCCACAGCGCCGACUGCGCUGACCUCAAGGACGCCCUGCCACCCUUUCCCCGCGGCGGGCGGCCCCACGGCCCCCACGCGCGAGGAGCCGUCAGACGCCCGGCACAGCGACGCCCUCUCCACGUCCAGCGACCUGCUUGACCUGCUGCUGCGCGAGGACCUCUGCUCGGCGGAGGGGUCAGCCCUGUCGAGGAGCGGGGCCUCCGCCGCCUCCGACUCCCUGGGCUCCGGCUCGCUGGGCUGCCGCGAGUCCAGAAGUGGGACAGGCAGCAGCAGCAACACCAGCCGCACCAGCAAGUACUUUGGAAGCGUCGACUCCUCGGAGAACAACCACAAGGCGAAGGCGAAGGCGGACGUGGAGGAGGGCCAGCGCUUCGUCAAGUGCGUCCUGCAGGACCCCGUCUGGCUGCUCAUGGCCGACACGGACGACAGCGUCAUGAUGACAUACCAGAUGCCUUCCCGGGACCUGGAAGCCGUCCUGAAGGAGGACAGGGAGAGGCUGGCGCUGCUGCAGAGGCUGCAGCCCCGCUUCACCGAGGGGCAGAAGCAGGAGCUGCAGGAGGUGCACCCCUGGGUGCGGACGGGCGGCCUGCCCGAGGCUGUGGACGUGACGGAAUGUGUUUACUGCGAGAGCAAGGGGAACGAAGACUUUUGUCUGCCGUACGAGGAAGACAGCCCUCCCCUGGGACUCCGGGAGGCCACAGACGCCAAAGAAAAGGAGAGUGGACCCGCCCCGAGCCCCAGAAACGAGGGGCAGACGUAACUGCCGCACUCCUCCGGGCUGAUGGAAGAGGACAGAGCUUCAGAGCAUCGGUUUCUGAGGAGAUGGACGGACAUACUUUUCGUUGUUGUUUGUUGGUUUGUUUGUUUUAGAAGAAGAAACAGUUUUUUUUUAAGGGGUGACUUAAAACUUUGGAGGGAGGGAAGCAUUUGGAAAGAAAUAUAUUUUUUAUUUAAAAUAUAAAUGUGGACUUCGGGGACGCGGCAGCGAGUUUGCUGGGAUACAACUUAUGAAAGACUGAAUCCACCCUUGUGAGCGCCCGGGAGGCCGCCUGGGGGCUGCGAGUCCAUGGGCUGCACUGAGCUUCCGUGGGGUGUCCGCACACGGCACACCAGGCUGCAACCAUGGGUGGCCCCCGUGGAAGGCGCCGGCCUUUGGGGCGUCACUGGGGACGAGUGUGCAGAUCAAACCCGGCCCUCUCUCGGGCUGCUUUUUCUCUAAAGUGUCAUCUAGUCGAACCCGAUGUUUUGAAACACACCCAGUGAAGACGACCGCCUCUCCUGGCUUGCUUUCCAAAUGUGUCGCAUCGAGUGGUGUGAAGCGCCCGGCAGCUCUGGCUGCAGCCACAGCAGCGGCAGCCAUCUGGGGCGGGCCCGCAUCGGACUGAGGCCCCUCAUCUGCGUGACCAGCUCCCUCGGACUGAUGCAUGCUCAGGCCCUCCUGGGUGUCUCUGCAUCACCCUCGGCUCCUUUUCGGACCGCGACCAGCACGUCCAUGAAAACAGGUGGUCGGCCACCUCUUUGCGGUGACUUCAUCUGCAGGCCAGGCUUGGAGGACCCACUCGUGUUCUCCAGCUGACACGCCCCAGACGCCCGCUCUGGCCCUGGCAGAGCAGCCGCCAGCCCAGGGAGCCUGCGUGGACGGCGCUGUGCGGCUGGGUGCGGGGAGCUUGCCUCUCCCGCCUUGGCCCCGGUGUUUUUGUGAGCCUCCCCUCGCUGGGCACGGCUUCCGGUCUCUGCAGUGGCGUCCCCCAGGGCCUCUGGCACCUUCAGGCCAUGGGGACCCUCGGGGAAGGGUGAGGGCAUUCUGCCCGGCUGCUGGCAGAGCCGCACGUUGGGCCACAUGCCCCGGAGACUGGGGAAGAAAUGCCGCCGGUCCCUGGAAGGAGGCAUCUGCUGACGAGACAAUCAACUCACCACCGCCCUGAGUGCAGGGACCCACCAGGCGGCAGGCCCCCCUGCUCUCGGGUGGGGAAGCGGCGCCCAGACCUUGGAGCCGCCUCCCAGCCAGGUGGCUUUCCUGGUCAAACCGCCCUGCUCCCUGCUCCGGAGUGAGUCCUCUUUCCCAGAAACUCAAACACAAAACACUGUCGAGCUUUUUUUUUUUUUUUUUUUUUUACACGAAGCACUCUCACCUUCAGGUGCCCGCCUUCCGCGUGCAGUCCUCCUGCCCGCGAGUGGGGACGCGACGCCGCCAACUGCGUCCUGCCUUCCUCCUCGGGAGUCAGGCCGCCACCCGCGGCGGGCGCCCACGGACACCAACUGCCAGAGC